AUGGAAUUUCUGCAGGGCGCCGGGAUCCGCGUUUCUCGAUCAGAGCGACUCACCUCCACCACCUUCGUCUUCCUCGCGCCUUACGCUCAUCUUCUUCGCGCUGCCGUUUCGUUUGAAGAUCUCGCUGAUUUCAUUGUCGUCGUGGCCGUUUUAGCCACUGAUGUCGACGAUUUCUUAUUAAGAUUAACGAGAUCGAUUAUUAGAUUGGAGAAUGCGCGAAACGCAGCGAUUUGGUUUGAGAAUCGGAGAUGGAAGAUUAGAGGUUGUAGGAGGAGGAGGAUAUUGAGACUGUGUUGA